AUGGUGGUGGUGGCGGCGCGACAAGGAGCUCCGGCGGUUGGAGACGGCGGCGCUCAACCAUCCCCAUGGAUCUCCGUCAAUAAGUCCAAGGUCAGCUCUCUAUCCUUGGUCUCCAUCCUUUCUCUGUUCGUCCUCCUCCCACCGGCCGGCCAUGGUGGUGAGGGGUGGGGAAGACGGAUUGAGGACAGUGGAGCGCUGGAGAAGAGCAGGGGCUCUCUUUCCCUGGUGUCUAGGUGCGGCACCGGUGAAUGGCCGAGGAGCUGUGAUGUCAAGCCCCUACGGUUGGGGAUGGAAUCAUACGCUCAUCUUGCCAAGCCCCUCAGUAGUAAGCACUUGUGGCUGCAAAGCUACGCCCUCGACAACCUCGACAUCGACCUGGCCGGCCGUGACGGCGAGGAGGAAGAUGAAGACGGCAACGACGGUGUUGUCUUUGGUGGCCAUAAUGUGAUGAGUUAUUGCUGCUCCAAUCAUCUCUGCUUGCCUUCUCCCACCCGUGGCAGGAGUGUCGUGAUUGAGGGCGGGCUAGUCUACAUCGAAGGAGUUGGCGAGAGUUCAUCUGGUUGGGCCUUCCGAAGUUUGGAAGCAAUUUCGGCGAGCUUCAUCUCGACGGCUACGUGCCAUUUGUUAACGCCGGCUCUCCCAGGCACCCAGGCGGUGGAGUACCCCAGCUUCAAGCUCGUCCUCGUCGGCGACGGCGGCACCGGCAAGACCACCUUCGUGAAGAGGCACGUCACCGGCGAGUUCGAGAAGAAAUACGAACCGACGAUCGGCGUGGAGGUGCGGCCGCUGGACUUCCAGACGAACCGCGGAAGGAUCAGGUUCUACUGCUGGGACACGGCCGGACAGGAAAAGUUCGGCGGCCUCCGUGACGGAUACUACAUCCAUGGCCAGUGUGCCAUCAUCAUGUUCGAUGUCACCUCCAGGCUCACCUACAAGAACGUUCCCACCUGGCACAGGGACAUCUGCAGGGUUUGCGAGAACAUCCCAAUGGUCCUGUGCGGCAACAAGGUGGACGUGAAGAACCGACAAGUGAAGUCCAAGAUGGUGACCUUCCACAGGAAGAAGAGCCUCCAGUACUAUGAAAUCUCUGCCAAGAGCAACUACAACUUCGAAAAGCCUUUCCUCUAUUUUGCGAGGAAGUUCUCAGGGGACAUGAACCUCCGGUUUGUUGAGGAGUUGGCCCUCAAACCUGCUGAAGUCACUGUCGACCUCGUCGCGCAGAAAAAGAUUGAAGCAGAGAUAGCAGCUGCGGCGGCAAUGCCCCUCCCGGAUGAGGAUGAUGAAAACAUCAUGGACUGAGCUGAUAGAUCGGAGGCUGUACCUAGUUCAGUUGAAAGCAUACAUAUGAUUUAGAAUUAGAACUCUUUUGAGAAGUGAGAUAUCUGUGUCCGCAGUCAGACUUUCUAGUAGGCGUUUGAUGUAGCUGGUUUGUGCGACAGUUCGUGUUUUGGCCGUAGUACUUGAUAUGAGCUGAGAUAUCUUUGUCAAGUGCUUGAGAAAACAGAA